AUGACCGCAGAAAUGAGUGGAAAGAGGAGCCACGAAGCGCCGGACGGCCAGGAACAAGCAUGGAACUCACAGAAGAAGAAGAAGCAGAAGCAAUCACAAUUCCACAGCCCUCGCAGCACCAAUCCAGACUAUCACUCUCCGGACUCUCGCCCAUCGCAACAAGGCCACCCCCCACGCGCCUCAGAAGCCUCAGUCCGGCGCCCCAGUGACCAGAGCAAUGGCUGCGGCCCGGAGAUGCCGCCUCCUCCCCUCCCUCUCCACGCUCAAGACCCACUCACCCUCCUCCGCAGCCUGCUCGACCAGCUCACAGAUCUCAACACGCCCCUCGAACCGCAAGCGCUCGAGCACGCCCGAAACCUGCACAAGACGCUGUACCACAACCCUCGACAAACCGCCACCGUCGCCGAGCUAAAUGCCCGCCGCCCUCCCAGCGCGUCCUACAUCCCCAUCCCCUCCACGCAGCGCCCCUUUCCCCGCGGUCCCUCCACGCACACCUCUCUCCCCCCACUCCCAGAAGUGCAGGACGCAGAACUGGCCACCGCAGCCUUCACCCACAGCUCCAUCUCCCCCUCCGCCAGCACCAACUACGAGCGCCUUGAGUUCCUCGGCGACGCCUACAUCGAGAUCAUCGCCACGCGCCUCAUCUACGCCGCCUUCCCCACCCUCCCCACCGGCUCGGCCGCCCAGCUGCGCGAGUCCCUCGUCAACAACGCCACGCUCGCUUCAUUCAGCCGAGGCUACGGUUUUGGCGAGAGAGUCAAAGUUGCUGGGGGCGAGAGGGAGGCGCAUAAGGUGUGGAUCAAGAUCCUCGCGGACGUCUUUGAGGCGUAUGUCGCUGCCGUCAUUCUCUCUCGGCCGGCGGAUGGGUUCAGCGUGGCCGAGGAGUGGUUGAUGCAGCUGUGGGCGCCACGAGUGAGGGAGUUUGAGGCCAAGAAGGUGGGUGGAGGGAGCGUGGAUACGGAGCCUAGGCAGCGGCUAGCGAAUAUACUACUAUUCCCUCAGCUGGGGGUUAAGUUGGAGUACAAAGAGACGAGGCCUGGUCAGAAGAUCAGCAGGAAUGGGACCCAGUUGUUUUCGGUGGGGGUGUAUUUGACGGGCUGGGGUUAUGAGAGGUACUUGUUGGGCGUGGGAGAGGGCACGAAGAAAGGUAUUGCGGAGGCAGAGGCGGCGCGAGAUGCGUUUGUGAGAAGUGGGGAGAUCAUUGAGGAGGCGGGGAAGAUAAAGUUAGAGGAGGUGAAGAAGAAGAAGGCUAGGGAGCUGGAGAAAGAGAUGCAGGAGAACGGUGCAGGGAGGGAGAGGCUAGGGGAGACUAUGCGAGAAGAAAAUGAUGAGAUGGGCGGCGUGAACGCUGGGUGA